GUUGAUGGAGAAUUCAUCUACAGUGAUUGACCUCAUCCUUCUGGGCAUGACAGAUAACCCUCAGCUUGGGGUCCUGCUAUUUGGAGUCUUCCUUAUUGUUUAUAUUGUCACUGUGUUGGGGAAUCUAGGCCUGGUAGUCCUGAUCAGAGUCAGUCCCUCCCUCCACACCCCCAUGUAUUUUUUCCUCUCUAAUCUGUCCUUUCUUGAUGUCUGUAUUUCUUCUGUCACGAUCCCAGAGACUUUAGCAAAUUUGUUAUCUAAGUUGCAGGCUGUUUCUUUCCUUGGAUGUCUGACUCAAAUGGGCUUGUUCAUAAUCUUUGCCUCCGCUGAAUGCAACAUUUGUCACCCACUGCUCUACCACAUCACCAUGUCUAGAGUCCGUCGUCUCGAAUUGGUAGCAGGAUGCUACAUUGGUGGAUUAGUUAACAUGGUUUCUGUGACAACUUCCAUUACACAAUGAUUGUUCUGUCAACCACAUGUCCUUCCUCACUUCUGUGACAUCCCUCUACUGUCGGCACUGGCUUGCUCAGACCCCUGGGUCACCCACAUCUUGAUUGUUGGCUGCGGAGGAUUCACCCUGAUCACCUCCACUAUGGUAAUCCUUGUCUCCUACCUGUCUGUCCUCAUGACUAUCCUGAGAAUUCCCUCAGCUUCUGGCAGGCAAAAAGCUUUCUCUACCUGUGCUUCCCACUUGACUGCUGUUGGCCUAUACUAUGGAACAACUAUGUACACCUACUUACAGCCCUCUCAACGUGGAUCCCAGGCAGGAAAUCAGAUGGUCUCAGUGUUUUAUGCAAUGGUGAUCCCAGUGUUAAAUCCUCUCAUCUAUAGUUUGAGCAACCAGGAAGUGAAAGUUGCUUUACAGAAAAUAUUGAAGAAAAGUCCCUAA